UGAAUUUUAUGAAGCGGUUGUAUCUUGGUGGUGCCCCAAGCAGCCGAAACGAACCGCCAACAGAGAACAUCACCAUCCUCAGUUGGCCAAAACCAUUCCUUUGCCUUUUACCUCCAGUGGAUUACCUUUGCCCUAAAGAAAUAUAAAAACCAACAAGCAUCGCAGCUAAAACUGUCAAGUGAACAAACAACGAGUUGAACAAACCCAUGAAGUGCGCGAAAUGUUGAGCUAAGUGUAAAAGCGAUUUAAAGGAUCUUAUAACUCUGUGGAGAUACAAAUCAAAGAUACAAAUCGAAAGCAGAAAGAAAGUGGCUAGUGAUCCCCCAGAAUUCUUCGCUGAGUUCUAAACGACGAAAUCCGUUCUGUUACUUGCGUGAAAAAGUUACAACCACAAGAUGACAAGAAGACGUUCGAGUCCGCCGGGACUCGAGGAGCUGCUGUAUCUGGCGCUCGUCCUGCUGGCCAUGGUCCUGAUACCCACACAAGCCGCCCCGGUCCAGGAGUACACGGAGAUCCAACAGUAUUCGGAGGGAUGCUACUACAACUAUGCGCAUUACCAGGAGGGCGACCGUAUCAUGACCAAUGAGCCGUGUCUGAACUGCACCUGCCACAACCGCAUGCUGAUGUGCUACCUGCGCGUCUGCCCCUUCACCAAGCCCAUUGGACACGAUUGCAUCGUGGAGAAGCGGGAGGACCAGUGCUGCCCCAUCAUCACCUGCCCGGAAGUGCCCGUGGAUGUGCCCUACCACUCCCCGGAGCCCGGAACCGAAUUGAGCAUUCCCGAGAAGUUCGGCUGCAGCAUCGAGGAGAAGUUCUACCCGGAGGGCGCCCAGGUGCCAUCGAAUCCCAAUAAACCUUGCGAACUCUGCUACUGCAUCAACAACCAGACCAAGUGCGUCAUGCAGGAGUGCACUCUGCACGUGGACGGCUGCCUGCCCAUCUACAACAAGGGAUCCUGUUGCCCAGUGCGCUACAGUUGCGACCAUGAAAACGAGUUGGACUUUGUGGACCAGUCGACCACGACGACAACCACUACGGUGCGACCCACCACUGGAUUCAUCCUGGCCAGCACCAUGACACCACCCACCACCACUGACUGCAUCCACGAUGGCGAGAUCUUUGCGGAUGGAGCCUCCCUGAAGGGCAAGAAUGCCUGCGAGCACUGCUACUGUAUGCGCGGCGACAUCGUGUGCGCGGUGCAGGAGUGCGAGGUGCCCAUGAUGGCGGCCAAUGGAAAGUCCUGUCGCGCAAUGCCAGCAGCCGAGGGCGAGUGCUGUCCGAGCAACUACGUCUGCGAGGACGACAGUGCCACCACCGAAAUUGUUGAGAUCACCACGCCAGAGAGUGCUACUUCGGUUCCGGCCAAGGGCAUUCAUGCCGAGAUUCCCAAAGAGGAUGUGGAUCUGCAGGAACACAUCGAUGACGAGGAUAAGAAUAAGGAGACCGCCACAAUUCCUUCCGCCGAGCUGGGCAGCGGUGAGGUUGAGGUGGAGGAAGAGGAAAGGGAACAGGAUAAGAUCACUACGGUUGCACCUGUGCACGUUACGGACGAAAAGGACUUCUCCUUCGAGCCCGAAUCAUCCACCGCCGGCAUUCCUUCCGAUUCCAGGAUCGAUUUACCAUCGUCCACCGAAGAUUCCAAGGAGUCAUCCACUGAAGCUGCCGAAGAAGAUAUCGUUAAGAUCGUCACCACUCCAGAGCCUGAGGGUAGCGGCGAAGAUGAUGUGCCUAAGCCUGCCCAGAUUCCCGAAAAGGAGAUCACUGAAGAUGAACUCAUUAAGGUCAGCACCUCUGCUCCAGCCAAGGCCAGUCCCGAAGAGGAAGUGGUUAAGGCCACCACCUCGGCGCCAACGGAGGAAGACGUUAAGCCAACAACCGCCGGAACAACUAGCGAGGAAGAGGAAGAGGGCAAGCCCACACCUGCAGAGGAAGGAAGCGGUGACGAGGAGAAGGACGUCAAGGUCACUGCAGCUCCAGAGGAAACCGAAGAUGAACUCAAGCCCACUUCUGCCCCAGUGGCAAGUGAUGAGAAGGAACAGGAGCCCAAGCCAAGUGAGGGUAGUGGUGACGAAGAGCUGGAUGUCAAGCCCACAACAGCUCCAACGGCAGGUGAAGCGGAUAAGGAUGCCACUCCAGCUCUCGAAGAGGUAGAGGAGCAGGAUGAAGGCAAGUCUACUGAAGCUCCAACCUCUAUCGAUGACAUUGAGCCAGCCAAGCCAACUGAAUCCUCUGAGGAAGCUAGCGGCGAGGGAGAAGAUGUUGGAAAGGAAACCACACCUGCUGGAGAGGCCAGCAUUGCUGGUGAGGAGGAGAUCGUUAAGGGAACCACACCAGCUGGAGAACCUAGCAGUGAAGGCGAAGAGGAGAUCGUUAAGGGAACCACUCCUGCCGAUGAAUCCAGUAGUGAAGGUGAUGAUGAACUCGCCAAGGUCACCACACCUGCCGGUGAACCUAGCAUUGUUGGAGAAGAAGAGAUUGCCAAGGAAACCACACCUGCCGGAGAACCUAGCAUUGCUGGAGAAGAAGAGAUCGUCAAGGUCACCACCCCCGCUGGAGAAUCUAGCAGUGAAGGCGAAGAGGAGAUCGUCAAGGUCACCACCCCUGCUGGAGAAUCUAGCAGUGAAGGCGAAGAGGAGAUCGUCAAGGUCACCACCCCUGCCGGAGAAUCUAGCAGUGAAGGAGACGAAGAGAUCGUUAAGGAAACCACCCCUGCCGGAGAACCAAUCAGUGAAAGCGAAGAGGAUGUCAUCAAGGCCACCACUUCAGCUCCCAAAUCCGACAUCGAAGGCGUCAAGGAACCUGAGACAGCCACAGAAGUACCAGCAGAAGAAGUCGAGGACUUCGCCAAACCCACAACGCCAAUCGCUGAGGCUGAGGAAGAACCCAUUGCCGGAACUCCUAUUCCAAUUGACGAUAUCAGUGGUGAAGAGGAGAUUGUUAAGGGCACCACUCCAAAGGCGCUCGAAGAGCAGCCAGAAAUUAGUGAAGAAUCUACCGAGGGGCCAGUCGCUGAGGGCGAUCUUUCGAGCUCGACCAGUGCUCCAGCAAUCGCCUCCUCGACUGAAGGUGUCCACGAUGCUGCAAUUGAAACGACUUCCACUGCACCUGCCCGGGCUGGAGACAAGGACGAAGCUGCCACCACAGUGCCUACGGCCGAAGACAAAGAUGAUGAAGAGGUUGAACAGGAUGCCACAGACUUGCCAGUCGAGGAUGUUGUCCAAAGCACAACUGCAAAGACCACAACCACCGAGCAGCCCAAGGAGGAGUCCUCUACUGAGGCUGAGGACGCUGAAAUCGAAGUUACCACUAGCAGUCCCGUCGAUAAGCAAGAGGUACCAGAAGCUGAACCAACAGACAAGGAUCAUAAGGAUAAGGAAGAUGAACAGACCGCCACUGAUUUGCCAAUCGAAUCUGAUGUUGUGCCACCUGUUGUCGAUACCGAUGCCACUACGGGUCAGCCUGAGACCAGUGAUGAGACGGCUACCGAUAAGCCACCAUCUGUUUAUCUGCCCCCUGGUGGAGAGAAGGAUACUGAGAAAGAAGACGGAACUACUGCUACGGAGCCCUUUGUCCAAGAGGAACCAUCUAAGCCUGUGGAUAUCUCUCCAGUGUCCCAGGAAGUUCCUUCCAGCACUGCUAAUGUUGACAAUCGCAACGACUUCGAAACGGAGAAACCAACGCUGCCGCCAAGUGGCGAUGAUCAGAGCUCUGAACCCAUGCCCGCCAUGGAUCUGCCCGCUGCUAUUCCUGGCGAAGGUGACUGUCUGGUGCAAGGCAAGACCUAUGCCAACAACACCAUCGUUCCCGCUACCGCACCCUGCGACGUGUCCUGCAGAUGUAUCAGCAGCCUCGUGGCCUGCCAACAGAUGGAGUGCAAGUUGCCCGAGAACCUGGAGAAAUGUACCGUGGCUGCCGAUCUUCUGGAUGGUUGCUGUCCCACUUACAUUUGCGAUGAGAGCAUUGAAAGUGCUGAAAAGGAUGAGGAAUCUACCUCCAAGCCCGACGAUAAGAUCGACGAGGACGUCUCAGAGAUCAGCACUGAGGAGAUUCCCAAGGAUGUCAUCAUGCCUACUGGCAUCACUGAGCAGCCUCUAUCUCAUGUCAAGCCCGAUGAAGAGAUCCAACCAGUGACCUCGAUUCCUCAACAGGUUGAUGAAUCAACGACAGCUAAGGUUGAUGAGAAACCAAUUGAUGAAUCCGCUGAGGAUAAGAAACCAAUUGAUGAAUCAGAGGAGGAUUCGAAACCAAUUGAUGAAUCCGAGGAGGACAAGAAACCAGUUGAAGAAUCUGAAGAAGAUAAGAAACCGGUUGAAGAUUCCGAAGAGAAGGAGAAGCCAUCGCCGGCUGUCACUCCAGCGGGUGAGAUUGAAAAGGAUUCCAAGCCCGAGGACGAAAAGAAGACUGAUGGUGACUCUGCGGCGCCCACUGAACAGCCAGAGGCUACAACUCCCGCCCAGAUUGCCGACACUGCUGAUGAUAAGCUGGCCACCACAUCUGCUCCUGUUUCUGGUGAAGAUAACCUCAAGCCUGCCGAUGAAAAGAAACGCACUGAGACAGCGCAGAUCCCAGAUGCUGAAAUCCCUGCUAGCACCGCUGAGCCCGAGUCCUCGACUGAGCUACCCACUGUUGAUCUUGACAAGAAACCAGAGGAAGAUUCAACUAAAGCCACCGAGGCGCCUGAGUCUGAUAAGGUUCCUGAAGUUUCGACCAGUGCUCCUGCUGAAGAUGAGAUUGAGGAGUCUGACAAAUUCACGACUGUCGCUCCACCAAAGAUUUCCGCUUCUGACGAAACAGAGCCCGCUGCUGAGGAAGAUCUCGUUCCUGCAACCUUUGAGCCCAUCGAAAGCGAAUUUGAAGUCAGCACCAAGAAGCCAGCCGUGCAAGGACCACCACUGCCCACUCUUGCUCCGGCUCAGCCAGAGAAGAAACCAGUCGAUGAAGAGGAUUCCACUGAGGCUGAUAUCAGCACCGAACCAAGCGCUGAAGUUGAAAAGGAAACGUCUGGAGAAACAUCCGAGUCGGACAACAAAAUCGAUGCUGGUGCUCCUACUACUCCUGUUUCUGUUUCUGCUAAUGAGGACAAGGCCCCAAGCACUGAGAAGACUGUCGAGGCCGACGACAAGUUCACCACUGAUCCGCCAGUUGCUGGUGAUGAAGAGGAGUCCAAUUUGCCCAAGCUACCACAAGAUAUCUUUGAAGAGGAGGUGCCUGCUGCGGUUACCACCGCUGCUCCAUCGAAGGACGACGGUAAACAGAAGCCAGUCGAAGUUGAAGAGCAACCGAUCGAAGAUGGACAAAAGCCUAUUGAUGACGAAACCUCUACACCUGCUUCAUCUGAAAAUGAGAUUGAGCCUGAAUCUGACCGUGCAACCACUAUUGCUCCUACUAAGGAAGAACCUUCCGAACCAUCCACUGGUUCUCCUACUAAGGAUGAAUCUGCGGAACCAUCCACUGAUGCUCCUGAGUCUGAUGAGAGCAAGGAAACGCCUGAGUUCGAAGUGCCCACUACUGUUGCUCCUGCUGGUGAGAAGAUUCCAACAAGCAGUAUCACUCCCGAUGAGGAACCAACUGCCACUUCUGCUCCUGUUGCCAAGCCUGAUGAAGAUGUAGAGAAAGAAACCAGCACCGAAAUACCCACUGACACUCCUGCAUCGUCUGAAGAGGAUGAGGAUUCCUCCACUGAUCAAACCCCAUCUGAGAUGCCAGAAAAGAAACCCGAAACUCCUGCACAGACUCCAGAAGAAGAAGAGGAUAUUGUUGGCGCAACUGCAGCUCCAACGACCUCUGAUGAAGUGCCCGCUGUCCAGAGGCUGCCUGAGGAAGUCCUUGCUGAGAUUCCGCAGCCCUCGACUGAAACUGGAAUUAAACAGCAAGACGAAACAACUGGUGCACCUAUUGACCGCAAGGAACCCUAUGUUACUGAAAUCGAUGAAGAAGCCACCACAGUGGCUCCUAUCUCCGAAAAGGAUGAGAAGCCAACUGAGGAAGAGAAACCAAUGGAGCAGAAGCCAACUGGAGAAGAGCCAUCCGAGGAAGAAGAGAAGGAGAAACCCAUUGAACAGGAUGUAUUCACUGAGGGACCAGCUUCUACCGAAGCUUCUGAAGAUGGAUCCACCGAAUCGUCUGAGGAAGUUAAGCCCUCGACUGAGAGAGAAGUUGCCGAGAAGCCUGAGGACAAGCAGCCUUCUUCGACUGCCCAGGCUCCAGUUGAGACAAUUCCCGAAAUCUCCACUGAACUGCCAGCUGAAGAGGCCGAUGCCGAAAAGCCCACAAGCGAGGCUCCUGUUGACGCCGAGGAAGAUACCUCCGCUCCGUCCGACGAGAAGAUUCCCUCCGUUUCUGGAGAGGAAGUCGAGAGCCCAGAAGUCACAACUGCCUCACCUCAAGCUUCCGAAGAAGACGAACUUAAGACACCUGCGGAGAGUGAACCAUCUUCCACCGACAAGGUACCAGAAACUGAAGACCAGAAGCCCGAGGACGAGAUCAAGGCUGAGGAGACCCCUGAGUCUGCUACCCAAGUAUCUGAUGUGGCAUCAUCUACAUCAGCCCCAGUUGCUGGUGGAGACAUUGAAAAGGACGAACAAGCCACCACUGCUUCUCCUGAAGAGGAGGAGGAGGAAGAGAUCAAGCCAACCUUCGCUCCAGCUGCUGAAAUUCCUCAACCAUCCGAGAAGGAGCCCGUGGAUGAGCAAGAAGUGGAAUCCGGAACCAAUGCCUCUCCAGCAGAGUCUGACGAGCAGCCCAUUGAUGAAAUUGCCCCUGCAACAUCUGGACCCAUCGAUGAGGCUUCCACAGUCGUUCCUCCCAAGGAGGAAUCCACAACCGCUGGUAGCGCAACUUCUCCAGCUGUCCACGACUAUGAAAUUAAGGAUGUCACCACCGUGCAACCAGUUGCCGUUGAGAAGGAAGUGGCUGCUCCUCAGGACGAAACGAAGACAUCCAUUGAUGUGUCCACCGAUUCUCCCAUCUCCCAAGAUGAUGAGAAGCAAGACAAAACAGAGGCUCCAGUUGCACCCACCACUGUUGCAUCGCCGGCUGCUGAUUCUGCUGUUGAUUCUACUACUCCCUCAGUGGAGGUUCCAUCUGCUGUUGAAAUCGACACGAAGCCAAUGGAUGAAAUCAUGUCCCAGACUAUUGCUCCCCAUACCGCCGAUGAGGCUGCGUCCACGUCCACUGAAGAUGAAGACCAGUCUCCCGUUACUGUGUCUCCUCAGGAUGCUGACAAGACUCCAGUUUCCGCGGCUCCCCAGGAUUCUGAUAAGACUCCGAGCUCAGAGGCUCCCCAGGAUGCCGACGAAAUCCCAGCUACAGCGAUACCUCUUGACGAAGACAAGAUCCCAGCCACUGUGGCUCCACAGACUGAUGAUGAGGUUCCAGCUACCGCAGCUCCUCUUGAUGAAGACAAGAUUCCAACUACUGCGGCUCCUCUUGAUGAGGAGAAGAUCCCAUCCACAGCAGCUCCUCUUGAUGAUGACAAGAUUCCUGCUCCAGUUAGCCCCGUUGUUUUCGAUGUGGAGCCAAGCAACGAGAAGCCUGCUGUAUCUGAGUAUGAUGGUGAAGACAGCACCGAACCACCUGUCCAUGAUGUGGAGACCAGUACUGAUGAGCCAACUGCUGAUGCCAAACUGAAGCCACCUACUUCUGCCCCUGCUACGCCAUCUGAAUCUCCAGUCACAGAGGCGGAGAUUGUGCCAGAAACUGCAGCUCCAGAGCUUGAAAAGGAGGUGCCAGAUAAGGCCACGGAACAACCUAAGCUUGAGAAGGAGACUCCAGAGAAGGCCACCGAACAACCUGAGCUUGAGAAGGAGACUCCAGAGAAGGCCACGGAGCAGCCAGAGCUGGGGAAGGAGGUGACAGAUAAGGCUACAGAGCAGCCAGAAUCGGUCGAUGAGAAGACCACUCCGGAGCCAGUCGUUAAGCCCAGCUUGGAUUCAGCGGAGGAGGAUGAAGAGUCCGUUGAGUCCGAGGAGGAAUCCGCUGACAAGAAGGACAAGAACAAGGGGACAGAGGAAGAUGCUGACAAGAAGCCAGAGGAGCCUGAGGUACCAGCUGUAGUUUCGGAGAUUCCUCAACCAAGUGAAGAGGCCGUACCCACCACUGGUCACCCACUGUUCCCGCACCUUGCCAGCAGCACCACGACGGCGCCAGCCAUCGACGACCGUGUGGGCGAGGAGGAUGAGGAGAACACCACUGUCAAAUUGAGUAGCUCCACCACCACCAGCACCACAGAGGCUCCAGUGACCAGCGCACCAUCGACGACGACGGUGGCCAGCCAACAGCAACAGCCGAUUACCCCGCCGCCCUACGGCCACGCCCCCGAGUACGAGGAUGAGUACGACGAGGAGGAGGUCUUCGGACCCGGAACAUGCCGCUACGCCGGCAAACUGUACGUGUCCGCCCAGCAGAUUCCACGUGACGAUCCCUGCGACUUCUGCUUCUGCUUCCGAAGCGACAUCAUCUGCUUGCAGCAAUCGUGCCCGCCGCCAAUUGCCGGCUGCCACGAGGAGCCCAUCUCCGGCUUCUGCUGUCCGCGCUACGAGUGCCCCGUGUCCAUGGCUGCCGUGCUGAACAUUACCACGAGCACCACCACCACCAGCACCACUCUGCCGCCACACUUCCUGCACUAUUCGCACGGCGAGGCGGUGAAGCACACCGGCUGCUUGAUCAAUGGCCGUUCCUACCGCGUGGGCGAGCAGAUCGAGUCCACGAGCGGUCCCUGCAUCAGCUGCACUUGCGGUGGAGACGGCAAGAUGAAGUGCGAUCCCCAGCAGUGCUUUCCCGAACCCACCAUGCAGCAAGUGAUGGCCGCCGUGGCGUCGGGACGCAAGAGAUGAACCACCAGCCAUGCUCACUAAAUAUAAUUUAACUAAUUCUUAAGCACUGCAGACAACAAUCACGAACCGACGAACCAACCAGCCCAGAUAGCACCACUCGCCAACUAGCAGCAAUAGCAAUAGCAAUAGAAAUCAUAGAGCCAGGAAACCGGAAACAGAACCAGAACACAACCAUAACUCUUGAAACCGGAAAUCCGAAACAGGAAGUCCGGAUAAGCCAAUAGCAAUAGCAAUAGUGUAACCGGACCAGAUGCAAUAGUGUUAAUUUUGGGUUUGCCGACACACGCACUCUAUCAAUUGGAUUACGCCCACUUGUUUCGGAUUAGGUUACGGUGACGAAGCAACCAGUGAUAUUGUACUGUAUACAUAGUAUAGGUGCAAUUAAUUUAGACGCGCUCACUUAAAUCGAUUACUUAUUUGUAUUUGUAUGUGUACUAGUAUUUUGGGCUUGUGACCCUAGUGAUAGGACAUAUAGCCACCACAGCAGCCGACGUAGCGCGUGCCUUGUAAGGUCGUUCAUUGUGCCCGCCGCCAUACAAUCGCUUUCAGGAGACUCUCAGCACCCCACACCACACUACACCACAGAUAGGUAGAGCGACGAUAUUCCGGACACGGAUCGCAAUCAAUGGCGUUACGAAGCCACGGCAUUCGGCCGCCGGGAGGGAUUCUAUACUUGCCCCCUCCGGCGGCUCACUCUUCUCCAAUGCGCUUUUAUAGUAUUUUAGUCACCUUAUUUUAAACAUUAUUAUUUUUGUGUAUAAUUGUUGCUUCUAGUCUUCUUUUGUUGCAAGAGCAACGGAAUCCGCCUGUAACACGCGCACAACCCGAUCGAUCGAUCGAUCGUAUCAUAUAACAUCAGAUCAGAUUAGUCUAGAUCAGAUUAGAUCGUGUCAGAUCGGAUCGGAUCGGACCAGUUGAAUCAAGAUCGGAUCGGACCAGUUGAAUCAAAUUGAGUUGAGUUGAGUUGAAAAACUGUAUCUUCUACGAACUAUUCCAAGCUUUUAUACUUUUAUAUACAAGAUACGUGUAGAGUGGAGAAACGAACGAACUAGUUUUUAUAGCAAUUUUACAAAACGAACGCACGAAUUGCAUAGUUUUAACGGAUUGAAUUUGUACUUCGCCCUAGUGCACCUGCACUGGCACCCGUGUCAGGUGCACAUGAGGUGGCCAAACCGUAGUAUACAUAGAAUUUUUAGAUCAACUGAAACUAAAACGGAAACGGAUACCGAUUACGGAACCGGAAACACACUGUCGGCCAUCGCUACUGCUCGACUGACUGAAAAUCGCACCGAUCGCAGAGAGGAGCUAUCUUUGUAAACUACUUUUUUUAACUACCAGCUGCCGCGCUGGUCAUUACUUUAUUGGUCGUAGAAUAGAACGAAACGAAUGGAUCUUCAGUCACUUGAGCCUUAGCAAUGCGCCGAAAUCUUCAAGCGUUUGAAUCGCGCUGAAUGAAUACGAACAUCAAUUAGUUUUAUAUAAUCUCUAACUAUAGUUGUAGCCCUAAGUAUUUAAUUUUAAAAAUAAAUAAAUAAAUUUUAAUUUAGAUCUUAUUUAUUUGAUAUGUCUUUUAAGAACAGCUCUUGUGUUUCCAUACCUUAUCAUAAUUUAUAUGCAGCUAUUCUUUGUAAUCUAAUAAAUAAAUACAACGCUUUUUAUUGAAAUGUA